GGCGAAGUGAAGCUUUUAAAGGAACGCUUCUCUCUUUCCUUAAAAAAGUGAGGAGAGCUAGAAAGCGAGGACUCCAUGGCUUCCAUGGCUUUUAUUCCUUAACGGUGAGCUGCGUUCACCGCCAAAUGGAUGAUGCGCCGCUUCGCCUUCUCCUCCUUUUUCUCUUUCUUUUUACCUUAUCGCCGGCGGCGGGGGAUCUCGCCGGCGAUGGAGCCGCCCUUAUGAGCUUUGGCGCAGCUGUUGGCAGAUAUGUGCUCCAUUGGAACAACUCCAUCUCGCCUUGCCUGUGGUCUGGUGUUACUUGUGCCGACAACCGCGUCGUCACCCUCCGCCUCCCUGGCUCCGGUCUCAUCGGCGAAAUCCCGGCCGGAACUUUAGGUAAUCUUUCAAACCUCCAGACUCUCUCCCUCCGCUUCAACGCUCUCUCUGGCCCAUUACCCUCCGACCUAGCUAGCUGCAAGCAGCUCCGUAACCUAUACCUCCAGGAAAACCGCUUCUCCGGUGAGAUCCCGGUGUUUCUCUUUUCUCUCAGUAGCCUGGUUCGGCUCAACCUAGCCAAUAACAACUUCUCCGGCGUUAUCCCGCCGGCGAUCAACAAUCUCACGCGGCUUGGGACGCUGUAUCUUGAGAACAACAACCUCAGCGGCGAGAUCCCGGCGCUAGACUUUCCCAAUCUCGUGCAGUUCAAUGUAUCUUUUAAUCGGCUCAACGGAUCGGUGCCGUUGAAGCUACGCAGCUGGCCGGCGAACUCUUUCAUGGGGAUGUCACUCUGCGGUGGGCCGCUUGGGCUUUGCCCCGGCGAGAUCUCGCCCGCAGCAGCUCCAACUAGAACUUUACCCUCCGGUGGUGGGAGCAAGCUCUCCGGCGGCGCUAUUGCCGGUAUUGUUAUCGGCACCAUUGCUCUGUUUCUCAUUCUUCUUGUUAUUUUGCUUCUGCUUUGCCGGAGGAAAGGAAAAGAUGGCGCAGCUAAGUCCGUUGAAGCAAAGCCGCCGGAGGUGGAGGUGGCGCUCACCGAUGUGGGAACGUUGGAUUCUGUUGGAACAAACCGCGGUGCUCCGGCGACGAAGGUUGCUGCUUCUUCUCCGGCGGCAUCCAUCGGAUCGAAGAAGCAGUUGGUGUUUUGUGGUAAUGGGCCGAGGGUUUAUGAUCUGGAGGAUCUUCUUAGGGCUUCGGCGGAGGUUUUGGGGAAGGGUACAUUCGGAACUACAUACAAGGCGGUGUUGGAGAGCGGAGCCAUGGUGGCGGUGAAGCGGCUCAGGGAUGCUAAUACGCCUGAGAAGGAGUUUAGGGAGAAGAUUGAAGCUAUAGGCGCCAUGAAUCAUCCUAACCUUGUUCCUCUUCAGGCGUAUUACCACAGCAAGGAUGAGAAGCUGUUGGUGUAUGAUUACAUGCCAAUGGGAAGUCUCUCCUCUCUCCUCCAUGGAAACAGAGGAUCUGGGCGCACCCCUCUGAACUGGGAGAUCAGAACCAGCAUUGCACUUGCCGCCGCUCACGGCAUCGACUACAUCCACUCCACCAGCCGCUCGGCAUCCCACGGCAACAUCAAAUCCUCCAACAUCCUUCUAACGACCUCCUCCGAAGCCCGCAUUUCCGACCAUGGCCUCGCUCAUCUCGUCGGUUUAUCCACCACAACGAACCGUGUCGGCGGCUAUCGCGCCCCCGAGGUCACCGAUACCCGACGUGUUUCUCAAAAGGCAGAUGUCUACAGCUUCGGUGUUCUCUUGCUCGAGCUUCUCACCGGCAAGGCGCCAUCGCAAGCUCUCCUCAACGACGAAGGCGUUGAUUUGCCAAGGUGGGUGCAGUCUGUGGUUCAUGAAGAAUGGACGUCGGAGGUGUUUGAUAUGGAGCUGUUGAGGUAUCAGGGCGUGGAGGAGGAGAUGGUGGAGCUGCUGCAGCUUGGAGUGAACUGCACCGCACAGCAUCCCGAUCAUCGGCCGACGAUGUCGACGGUGGUGGCGAAGAUUGAGGAGAUUCAUCGCUCGAGCAUUGAGGUUAGUAAAGAGUAGAUGCCGUAGGAGGAUGAUGGAUUUGAUUAUAUGGUUAUUUGAAUUGCUGGAUGGUUUGAGUUUGUGUUCGUAGGAAUUUGUUUAUACUUGAAUUGAUGAAUGUAUGGAUAGAUUUUUCUUUUUA